AUGGACCUUGGGUCUGACCUAAUUUUGAACAUGAAAAUCCCUUGGCUAAUGAUCUGGAUUGGAGCACUAUUUUCCAAUCCAGUUACGACUGACUGCAAUAUUACUUCUCUUUCUGUCACUUGUGAGGAAUCUGCAAAGAAUUACUCUUCUAUCCCUAUCUCCCUAAGUAAAAAUGUUACUAAACUGUAUCUUAGCAAUAACAACAUUACUUUAAAUGAUACUGACAAAAAGGUUCUGCAGCUAUUUAUUAACUUGACUGAACUCUAUCUGAAUGAAAAUGCCAUUACUGUGCUACAUAAUAAUACCUUCUGCAAUCUGUCAAAACUCACAAUUCUAGAUAUUAGUAGUAAUUAUAUCAGUACAAUUGAACAGGCUGCAUUUAAAGGCCUAAAUCAACUAUCCAUAUUGUAUCUAAAUCAUAACAAAAUAUCCCAGUUGGAUUCUGACACAAUUGCAUCGCUAAAAAACCUGAUGAUUUUGAGUCUACAGGACAAUUUGUUGAACUACUUUGAUGUAAAAGCAUCAUUUAAACUGAUUACCUUAAAUGGAAAUCCAUGGAAUUGUUCCUGUGGCCUGCUCAGUUUACAGAAAUGGUUGAAUACCUCAAAUGUGACCAUGGAACAUGAAAAUGACACUCUGUGUGCAUAUCCAGAUGUCUGGAACAAAUCUUCUGUCAAGACAGCACCUAUCCAAAAAUCUGAUUGUGACUCAAGAAGAGGUUCUAUAGCAAUCACUACACCUUUCACAUCUGCCAUCAGUCCUAAAAUCAUUUCCAUUUUAACAUCCUCUCUCAACUCUUCAAACAACAAUAUUAGGAGCAAUGCAUCACAUCCAGGUUCUCCACCUCUUGGCAAAACUUGGGUCUUUCUGCUCGGUGUUCUGGUGUUUGUCCUAAGCUCUUCACUACUGAUUUUUAUUGCCAUAAAAUUCCCACUGUGGUACCGCUACUUGAUCAGCUACAAUCACCGUCGUCUCAAAGAAUAUGAACCAGAAAUGUUUGAUAAGGAGUUCACAACUGAUCUGAGCACUUCUUCAUCAAUAUCAAAUACCAAUGAGCAAGAUUCCAUUGUAGUAUUUGAACAAACUCAUACAUUUGUACUUGACGAGGAUGGAUUUAUUGAGGACAAAUAUAUAGACGACCCUGGAUUAACUGAAGAGGUCUAA